AUAUGUACAACCCCGAGUAGAAAAUGAUUAAGGUUUGCCUGCAUUUUGUUCCGGGCGCAAUCAGGUAAUUUCAUGGCAUGCCUUAUUGUGGAAAGCCUGAUCUGGCUCUGUUAAUGCCUGAAUCAGGAUUGCCGUAUUAUUUAUCACUGUGGCAUCCUCUGUCAGCGCCGUAAUAAGGGCUGCUCUAUCAGCGCCUAAUUGCGGAAAUCCUUACGCGGCCCUGAUUAAGUUUUAUCUAAAAUUCUCUAUCAAAUGUGCGCAUGCACCAAAUCAUCGGAGUUUGAUGAAAAUUUUAUUUUGAAGUCUCAAUUGUAUGUCGCAAUUUUUGUACUGUUGUGAUUUCAAAUAAAAAAUAAUGGAUCGUUCAGAAAAAAUUAGAAAACUAACACGAAUACGUGUUAAAAGGUUUCGUACAGUUCACAAAAAAAGGUAGGUGCAUAAUACACUUUAAUUAUUUCUAGAUUAAAUUAUUAUUAUAUAUUAUUAUAUACCCUAUGGCUGUCAAUUCAUUGUUGAAUGUAGGAACUCAUGUAUCCGGAUAUUUCGAAUUCAUUCUUUCACAUUUGAAUGUAAAUAGUUUAAUUUACACACCAGUUUUGAAAAUUUAGGUUAACCGCAAAGAUCAUUUUUCGGUCAGGGUACCGCAAAAGUAUUAUAAAUGAAAAAAUUUAUUUCAGAUGAGAAUUAUUCAGUAGCAGGAUCAUCGACGUUUACCGUUGAUCAAAAACGUUUAUUAAUGGAAAAUUAUGAUAUAAAUGAAAGUGAAAAAAACUCUAAUGAAUGUAGAAGUCAAGAAAACUGUUCUGUAAAUAGAAGUGCAAGUGAAGAAAACAUUGAUUUAGAUAAAAGUGCAGGAAAUGAAAAUGACAUUAAUAAUGAUAAUAAUGAUGAUGGAAGUGGAGAUGAUGUUGAUGAGAAUGACUUCAGUGAAUAUGAUCAUUACAGUGAUGAUGACCAAUACGAAGAAGAUAUUGAAGAAGAAUUUAAUGAAAUUGAAGCGCUUCGAGAAUGGGCUAUAAAAUGUAAUAUUAAACAUACACAUUUAGACUCUCUACUUCAAAUUCUUAGGCGAAGAAUGCUUCCAGAGUUGCCAAAAUGUUCCAAAACUUUUUUGAAAACAACAUCUGCUGAAUAUGAAAUAAAACAAUUUAAAGGACCGAAUAAUGUUGUUAUUGGCGAAUUUGUAUACUUUGGAAUCGCGAAACAUCUCCAAAGAUGUAUAAAUGCAGAUCUGCAUCAAGAGAAUAAGCUGUAUCUACAAUUUGAUAUCGACGGACUGCCUCUUUUUAAAUCAAGUAGUGAACAAUUUUGGCCAAUCUUAUGCAAAAUUCAUUUUUCUGCUGAUAUAUAUAAAGUAUUUCCUGUGGCUAUAUAUGCGGGUACCGAAAAGCCAAGUGAUAUAAAUGAAUAUUUAUCAAGUCUAAUUGAGGAAUUAAAAGAACUCUUACAGGAAGGAAUAGAAAUAAGUGAAAGAAUAUUUAAAGUGCAUAUUAAGUGCUUUGUAUGUGACAGACCAGCGCGCUCAUUUAUUAAGUGCAUAAAAGGUCACGGUGGAUUUUAUUCGUGUGAACGCUGUACUAUUUGCGGAGAACGAUACAACAAACGAACUGUGUAUAUUUCUACAAAUUCUGAUGAGAGAACUGACAGAUCUUUUCGAAAUGUAGACCAACUCGAGCAUCAUAUCAACAUCUCGCCUUUAAUUGAAAUAUCUCAACUUGACAUGAUUAAUCAUUUUGUAUUGGACUAUAUGCACCUUUGCUGUUUAGGUAUCAUGAAAAAAUUAUUAAUCGCUUAUUGGUUAGGAGGUAAUCGAAGCACUAAAUUAAGUCAAAAUAGUAGGUGUCAACUAUCUCAGAUUUUAAUUAAUUUGCAAUCACAAGUAUCGGCGGAUUUUCAACGGACUACAAGGUCAAUAUUUGACAUUUCGAAAUGGAAAGCUACCGAAUUAAGCUUUUUUUUAUUAUACUGUGGACCAAUUGUAUUAAAAAGAGUCCUUCCGAGUAAUCUCUACAAACAUUUUCUCCUUUUUCAUGUUGCGUGUCGGAUAUUGUGUUCAGAAAAUUUAGCUUUAAAAUUUCACGGACAGGCCAAAAUUUAUCUUAUACGUUUUGUUCAAUUAUCGCGUAAUUUGUAGGGAACAGAGAGUCAAAUAAUGAAUAUGCACAGUCUUAUCCAUUUAGCUAAUGAUGUUAUUAACAUGAAGUGCCCUUUAAGCAAAAUUACGGCGUUUCCAUUCGAAAAUGCUUUAGGAAAGAUAAAAAAUAUGCUCCGAAGUGGUAACCGGCCUUUACCUCAAAUAUGUCGUCGACUUCAUGAAACAUUCUUUGCUAAUGAGGAAAAGGUAACAAUACAAUCUGCUAUUAGUGAUAUAAAAGUUAAACGUAUGCUACCCUCCGGAGAGAUACUUGUCAAAAAGCUAUGCUAUAAAGAAUAUAACGCUAUAUUAUCAUGUAAUUCACCAGAUAAUACAGUUUUAUUGAAAAAUGGCUCAAUAUUACAAAUAGAUAAAAUUCAUAUUCCACCAAAUGAAAAUAAUAAUGGCAUUCAAAUUUCUGGAAAUAUCUUAAAUCCAGAAAAAUCCAUAUUUAUAUAUCCCUGCAAUUCCGAGUCAUUAAAUAUGUGGAAAGUCACUAAAUCUCAUAUUAGAAAAAUAUGUACACUUCGAUCACUAGUUUCAAAAAUGAUAUAUUUUCAAAUCGAUGGUUAUGGUCAAGAAAAAAAUUAUGUAAUGCCGUUUCUUCACCAAUAAAUGUUUAAUUUCAACAAUUUUUACUUUUUUGUCCAAAGUAUUUUAUUUCAGCAUUUUAGAAAACUAUAAUAUUGUAUGUAGUAAAUUUGAACAGCCAGCAGAGUUAAUCUAGCCGCUGAUAGUUUAUUGUUUCAUGACCAUUGCCGAUCGCAAUCAUCGCUCACGAAGAGAUCGUAGUGUAUCACAUAAAGAUGGGUGAAGCACCAGUACAAGCUGGUUGAAUUUGCUGAAGAAAGUGAUGGGAUAAAAAGUAUCGAUGUUGUCCCAUCAAAUUGGAUUUUUUAUGAUGGUAAAGCAGGUCUGAUGACAAAAUUUAUGCCACAGCCAUAUAAUGAUAAGAAUUUAGCCUAUUUGCAUUCUCUUAUGCAACAGAAGAAACAUGCGCCAGAAAAUUGGCCAAAUUAUACCGUUGAAGUACGAGGUGAAGCAACAUCUGAUUUUUCUUCGACUUCUGAUGAUACGAGCAUUACAUAUAAAAAGAGCAGCAAAAAAUCAAAAGUGGAAUCUGUUCAUAAAAAUUUAGGAAUAUCUGGACAAAAACAAGAAGAUUUAAAUAUAAAUAAAAGAAAAGAAUUAUAUAAAAAACCUCCAUCUAAUACCUCGAUUUCCAGAAAGGAAAUUGAUUUGAAGACUUUACAAUCAACAAAUACAUGCAAUGAUAGCAUGCGAAGCACUGAUACGUCUGUAUUAUAUGACGAUGAAAUCCCAGUCAUGAACUUUGACCCGAUGUCUUUAACGGAUGAUAUUAAAGGUUUAAUAAACAGAGGGUUCCGUAGCCAAAGCGUACAACUAACCAAAAUAAGUACACAGUUAGAGGAAAUUUAUAAUAUUUUGCAAGAAAAAAAAAUAGGCAACUUCUCCGAGAUCUGUAAUACUGGAAAUUUUACGGAAAAGUACCAAAUAGAUUUACCAUUUAAAAAUUUAGAAGAUUUCCAGAAUUUUGACAGCAAAUUAAAAACGGAUACAAAAUUUCAAGAAGACGUUAAGUUUAAUAUAUGGACAUUAGUUGAUUCCAAAUCUUCACUUACCCACACUAUAUUAUUGUUGCGGAAUAUAGAAAUAAUCCAAAAGCUUCGCCGAUUACCGUCAAAAGUUUUUGUAAAAGUGUAGGCGCAGUCAUUAAUAGUGCAAAGGACUGGGAAGGGUAUCGUUCAAUCCGAGCCAAGAAAGGAAAUGUUAUGUAAUAGAGUUUAGUAUUUUCAUUGCUCAUACCAAAGUGUUAUGUUAACGUUUUUUAUAUAUUUCGUUAAUAAAUAAAUAAUGUAAAUUAAAAAAUCUAAUAUCUGCAAUCCAUAAACCUUCUUCCUUCCUUUACAGUACCUUAUCUGGACCCUAUAAGAAUUGCGUUACUAGGGCCUGAUCAGGAAACUGCUAUCAGGGCCAUAUAGAACACGACGUUACAUUUUUUAUAAGGCGCCAUGUCAGGCUGCCUUAACAAGACCUGAUCGGGCAAUAGGGCAAAACCUAGCGUACCCCUCUUAGGGCCGCGUUUUAUUUUC